AUCUAAGCUCCGGGAGUUUGUCAGAAGUUGGUGGCAGGUAAAGUCUUUCUCUUUGCUUUCUAAAGACCUGCGACGGUCCGGUCAGAUCUGGUGUGAAAUGACGUCAGAGCAUCGGUCGGGAGCGUGCUGAUCGUUUCCGGUUGCGGAAACGAUCUCUGGACCCUCACCUGCAUCUGGCAUCAACGCUGGAGCGAGUGGAAGUUGAGCAGGGAGUAGUUCCAUUUUCCCUGGUUGUAGUUGGGAUCGGAUGAGGAGUGUCUGAAGCUGGAGAAGGAGAGAGGAGUUCUGAUCGGACUCAUCUCUUCGGGACGGGCGAUGCGGUUAGUGGCGUUUCUGGAGCCGAUCUCCUCCACUCCGGGGCCUCGUUGUGGAUUAAGAUGAUCGGCGUGGAGGAGAUCUGGAGCUGAAUGUUUCCUCGCGGAGGGCUGAUGAAUGAGCAGUACUUGUGACGGAAAGUGUGUUUCGCUAGAAGUCUGUGUUUCCUGUGAGCUGACAGCAGGGGUUUGACACUUUUCUGCAUAAACUGUCCGAACUCAGCUCUGCAGGGAGAACAACACAUACAUGUUCUUUUACUAUGGAGGCUACAGCCAAGUAUGACUUUCAAGCCACAGCUGAUGAUGAUCUCAGUUUCCACAAAGGAGACUGCUUGAAGAUCCUGCAAACCUCCGGGAAUUGGUACAAAGCAGAACUUAACAGAGUCAAGGGUUUUGUCCCUAAAAACUUCAUCAACAUUCACCUGCCCAGCUGGUACCAGGAAAACACCAGUCGCAGUGAUGCCCAGCGGAGCCUGAUGUCUCAGCCUGUGGGAGCCUUUCUGAUACGAGGCAGACAAAAUGCAGUCCCUGGUGACUUCUCCAUCUCCGUCAGACAUCCAGCAGAUGUGCAGCAUUUCAAGGUGCUGCAGGACAGCAGAGGGCAGUAUUACCUGUGGUCAGAAAAGUUCCCUUCUCUCAACCAGCUGGUGGAAUAUUAUAAAAGCAACUCUAUCUCCAUAAAGAGCCAAAUAUUUCUGCAGGAGACACAAACAAAGCAAAGACAAGGCUCAGAUAAUUUACCACGUCUACCUGCUCCUGCUGACUCUUGUCCACUUUGUGACCGUGUACCUUCCCCAGCAGCUCGUCAGUUCAAAGCCUCCCCCACGAUGCAGGUCAGAGCUCUGUACGACUUCCAGGCAGAAGAGACAGACGAGUUGGAGUUCAGCGCUGGUGAUAUCAUCGAGGUCCUUGAGUCCUCUGACCAGGCCUGGUGGAAAGGCCAGCUGGGGGACAAAACAGGCCUGUUCCCUUCCAGCUACGCCAAACCCAUCUGACAGCAACAUACAGGAAAUGAAAUGUACAUGUACUGCAACUUUAUUAUCCAAACUAAUGUUUAUUGCCACUUUGUAGAACUGAACUACAAAACUGACAGCAAGUCACUACUUGAAAGUAGCAGCAAAAGUGUUAUCGUGUCACAACAGAAGGCAUCAGGUGUCUAAUAUGAAAAUGAAGAUGAACCUGUUUGUUUAGUUGCACACAGACACACGCUGCACAUGGGAUUUCCCAUCAUGGAAGGCAGAGCUUUGGUUUCUUAUUAAAGCAACAUAAUGUGGUCCAAUGAAUUAAUGUAAAUUAGGAUAUUUUUGCAGUCUUGACAACAUUACAGUGUUGUUUAUACAUCAUCAAUAAUGUGCUGAUAUAUAUAUGGCAUAAAUUGCAACAUACUCCCUUGAACAUUGUGUAGCGAUCCACUAAAGUCUAUGUCAUUUAUUGUAAUUUAAGAAACUGUGAAGUUUAAAUUGAUUGCAGUAUGUGAACUUAAAUGAGUCCUCUCACUGCAUCCAUAAAGGCUAAGCAGUCAAGACAGUUAUCAGUAACACGAUAAACUUUUAUUUAAAGAAAAAAAUGUCUACAUUUGCACAUUAACUUUUAAUACUUUGCUGUUGUUUUGACUGGUCCGAUUAUGGAUUUAAAUGCAAAACAUAUGAUCAGCUGACAAACUAUGAUGCAGUGUUAUGGAAUAAAUUCAGAUUAUAAAAUCCUGAUCAACCCUGCUCACACAUCAGCAAUAAUGUUCCAGUAAUAUAAAAUAUACAUCACAACAAAUCCUCCUGCAGUAUGGUCAACAAUCUACCAAGGUCCAGUUUUUACUGCUGUAAUUUAAGAACCUGUGCAGCCAUUGCUGGUUAGUCAGCCUCCAGAGAACAAAGGGGUUGUGCAAAAAUGUAAUAAUUAAACCAUCUGGACGAUUCACUUGCGUGUGAUCAUGUCUGCACUGGAAAAAAAAAGUUUUUGAAACACUGAAAGAUUAAAACUACAAGUAAAGGCUCAUAUACUGUGUCACAUGUU